CAUCUUUCACUCCUUCGUCAGUUCUCCCUCUUUCUGUCUUUCCCUCCUUUGCUUCAUUCCUUUAUUCAGUUAAGCCUCUGUCCUGCUACAGAAAACAUUUGUAACUUCCAGAGGAUUCCUCCGUCCCAGAAGCUUGCAAGACACUCAACCCCAUUUAAGCUCUGGGCCCAGGACCAGUAGGAUGUGCCUCAAGAUGAACUGUGGUUGCUCAAAACUCUUUACCUUGGAAUUUUAGUGCUGGAUGAAACUGGAUCUGUUUACCUGAAUUGUGAUUUAAAAAUUGUAUUUGUUAAGACACUAACUCCACAGAUCUGACCCUGGGCCUAUGUUCUUGUGGAUUCUUGGAUGGCCCAUUGAUCUAUUACUGCAUGCUGAUUGGCCAGGGCUGUGUUAGUCUCGGUGAAUGGCGCGGCGCAGUUCAGGUGGACGAGGGCAUGGAGGCAGCUGGCUCACGGCCUGUUUUUUCCCGUCAUCCUCAGGGAGAGAGCGUGGAGAUGCUCUGGGUGCUGAGGAGUGUAUUUGUGUGUAUGUGGUGACGGCGGACUACCAGCGGCAGGAGAAUACAGAGAUCAACCUGAGAGCAGGAGAGAGAGUGGAGGUGAUCGAAAAGAGUGAAAGUGGGUGGUGGUUUGUAAGAACAGCUGAAGAACAAGGCUGGGUUCCUGCUACAUACCUUGUCUCUCUCACAGGACAUCGAGACAGUCACAGAACAUCGAAUGGAGAGACAGAGCAGUAUGUUACAGUUCAGUCCUACAACAGUUUGAGUCCGGAUGAGCUGGGCUUUGAGAGUGGCGUCAUUGUUGAGGUCAUUCAAAGGAAUCUGGAGGGCUGGUGGUUCAUACGUUAUGGGGGUAAGGAAGGGUGGGCCCCAGCUGCCUAUUUGCGGAAGAUGCAAGAUGGUGUUAUGCCUGGUAACCAGGCAACAGAGACAAAUAAACCAGCUGUGCAGGGUCAGGUGGAAAUCAUCGGAAACCUUAUGGAGAUCAGCAACCUUCUGAACAAGAAACCAACGCAAAUUGACACAAAUGCACACCAUAACAGCAAUGCAUCUUUGCAUUCAAGCCAAAAUGCAUACAUGCACUCAAAAACUGACUCAUAUACACAGUACAAUGGUGAUAUAGAACAGACUGAUGCUUACAAUAACAAUAUACACACUAACAAUGACAACAGCACCAGCCUUAGCACAGCAGCUAACACUGGCAUAAGCAGCUCAGUUAUACGCUCAGAAAAGGACAUUGAUGAUCAGGUCAGCUCCAGCUGCAACCCACACACAGAUACAAGUGUGUGUGUCUCAGUCUUGGACACAAGUGUGUCUGUGUCAGUGUCAGAUGCUAGUGUGUCUGUUUCGGAAGCAAGCAUGUGUUCUGCAACACCGUCUGCAAUGAAGACCAAAACCGUUCCUCCAUCUCCUGCCAUUGCUCGAGUUGCACCUCAGAGAUACCACAGUGUGGAGACUAGAUCCCCAUCAAACAGUCAAAAACCACCUCCUCGCCGAGAAAACAGCCUGGGGUUUCAGUUACCUGAACCCCCAGAUCCCCCUAGUGUUGAAGCCGAGUAUUACACCAUUGCUGAGUUCCGCUCCUGCUUGACGGAUGGGAUCAGUUUCAGUGGAGGACAGAAAGCUGAUGUAAUUGAAAAGAACUCUGGAGGUUGGUGGUAUGUCCAGAUCGGAGAGAAAGAGGGUUGGGCCCCAUGUUCUUACAUCGACAAACGUAAGAAGCCUAGCUUGAACCGUCAAACUAGUACACUGACCCGACCCAAGGUCCCACCACCUGCACCGCCAAUUAAAAAGCAGAAUUCGCUUCCGUGUGUGGAGUCAGAUGUCGUGGCCCCAUCAAGUCCACGAAUGUAUGAAGAGCCAGAAUAUGAUGUUCCAGCCGUGGGCAUUGACUUUGACCCUGAGCUUGACUUUUUCCCAGGAGAUGCACCAACUAAAGCACCCCCCCUUCUGUCCCAACGUACCAUUUCUUUCACCUUGGGGGAAGGGGAUGGAGAGGAAGAUGAGGGUGUCUAUGCAAAUGGUGGGUUCAGAUCUUUCCCACAGUUUCAGAACAGCCAUUCAGACAUACAUUCUGGAGCUCAUCGGGCAUCUAUGUGGGACCCACCCGAAUAUGAUGCCCCUACAAUUGAGCCAAGCACUGAGAUCAGUACUCAACGCUACACACACUGUAAGGUCAACCAACAGCAACCAAAGCACAAACAGCAGGCUGAUGAGUCAAAAUCCAAACCAUCUGUCCGUCCAAAACCCGCAAACCCAGAAUGUAGUUCCCUCAGAAGACCCCAAAAAUCUACAAACCAGGAGCAACCAGGCCAAAUACAAUACAGAACCUCACGUACAUCUGAGGAAUCUGAAACCAGCUCCAUUGUGUCUUUGGAAGAAUCUAUGGGCUCCACUGAUCUGUCCAAAGACCAUUCUUCCUUCUUGUACCGCACAACUGCGGCAUACCAGCGGGAGGAGUCAUGCGAGCUUAGCUUCCCUGCAGGAGUACAAGUAGAGGUACUAGAGAAGACGGAAAGUGGCUGGUGGUUUAUCCGUUGGGAAAAUGAGGAAGGCUGGGCACCCACCUUCUACCUUCAGCCAAUCAAAAGCUUAGAUACAGGUGGCAUAGAAACCAAAACCACAGAGAGGUUAAAUUCUGAGACGUCUUGUCCAGAGCUGGAGAUUGCAUUGAAUGUUGGAAAGCUGGGCAAAAGCAUAAGUCUGGAGAAGAAUGAGCAACGUGUUAACCAAAGCCUGAAAAGCACCCACCGAUCGAACCAGCAGAACUGCAGGGUCGGUGUGAAGCAGCUUGCAGUUCGACCUCAAAAUGUCCUCACCAUAACCCACACCAAAGACAACACAAAUAGCUUGUCUACUAAUACGCACACAACUCCAUCAGGAUGGAGGAAUGACGCUCUACCAAGCCGUGCCUCACUCCACAGCUACAAUGACCCAUCCAUCUCAUCCUGUGCAGGUAAUACGGAGAGCAUGACACGUAAGGUGCCUGUUUCAAUGGUUAAACCGAAACCUCACCUCAUCCACAACAAUUUGCGUGAGGAAUAUGUUUCUAUUGCCGAUUACCAUGGCGAUGCUGAGACGAUGAGCUUCCCAGUUGGUACAAGGCUGGAGGUGCUGGAGAGAAACCCAAAUGGCUGGUGGUACUGCCGUGUGCUUGACACAGCUAAAACACGUAAGGGAUGGGUGCCUUCCAACUUCCUUGAGAGGAGGAGCUAAUAGACCUUGGAGGAUUGGUGUAAUAUUCAGUGUUUACCCAUUUUUACAGAAUAUAUAUGGUGGAUGUUAUGCUCACUAACAGAAGAUUAACAAAUAAGAUGAUUGAUCUCAGAAAACAUUGUGAUGAUGCUCUGUUAGACUCAUUAAGGGACACAUUUUGGGAUUAAGAAGGAAUAUUUCUAAAAAGAAUACCAGGGCAGUUUUACCUUUUUCAGAAACAUAUCUAUCUACCUAUCUAUCUAUCUAUCUAUCUAUCUAUCUAUCUAUCUAUCUCAGUAAGUGCCUCUAACAGUAAAUUGGUUUGUGUGAUUAAAAAUGGUGCUAUUCCUUUAUUAAAUCAUUUCAUGUUCAGUUCAAGGCUUGAAAUAAAUAUCUGCUAGAGUGCUAUCUUGCAG